GUUAUUAGCAGCUGUUUCUACAAAAUGGAUAAGCGACAAGACUUUUGUCAAGGACUGUAGCUUUUUAAAAAAAGUGAUUAAAAUUUUUACAACCGCUGGAUAAUCUGCGUAUUGCCUUGUUGACCAACACAAACACUGAACAAAGAUGGCAGCGACACUUGGCCAUUUCUUGGCCCCUGUUUCAGAAAAAUCCUAGAACCGCCAAUGUCUGAAAAACUCACUCCAAUUGCUGUUCGGGUAUUGGCCAACUCAGUCAAUGAGGGCGUGUAGUGUGUGAGUGUGUGUUCAUGCUUGUGUGUGUAUAUAUAUAGUGAGUGAGUAUGCAUGUUGAUUCAAGAGUAGAUCAGGCAGGAACAGGCACGAGCAUAAUGGAUACACAGCAAAAAGUUACUAUACUCAGGGAAGGCUUCUUAGUGAAAAGGGGUCAUCUCGUGCACAACUGGAAGGCGCGCUGGUUCGUGCUGACGCCAGACAAGCUGAUCUACUACAAGUACGAUGGAGGGAAAAGAGAUUCAUGUCAGCGGGGGAAAAUCAUGCUGAAGGAUUGCGUCAUUACUUGCCCCUACCUGGAGUACGACAAUAGACCCUUAGUGUUCCGGCUUCAAACCAAGACCUGCGUAGACCACUUUCUGGAGGCAUGUUCCCGGGAAGAGCGUGACCAGUGGGCAGGCGACAUUGCCGCAGCGGCGGACAAACUGGAGGACCCCGAAGGAGCAGUCGCUAAUGGCGACGGGUCACCCAGUGUCAGCCCCAGCACGCCCGGGAGCUCACAGCCGCACCACAUCAACCUCAGCAAAGUGCUGGAAGCCAUGUAUGACGUCCACAGCGGGAUCAACAUGUGCAACCACGUGGAGCAAGGACGCAUGUACACCAACUGCUUCUCAGGAUCCGCAGUGGUGGACUGGCUGGUGUUCGCGCAGCUGGCCCUGACCCGAUCCGAGGCAGUGACUCUGGCGUCGGCCCUGCUGGAAGAGGGUUUCCUACGCACCGUGGGCCUGCGCAGCGUAGAGGCGCUACGCACCGCCGGCCCCAGUGAGCUCUUCAUGGACGACUCCACCGCGCUUUACAGCUUCUCUGACAGUUUAAAGAAGCGAGGUUGCGUGAAGGCUGAGACCACACUGUCUGCGGUGGAGUUGAGCGGUCAUGUGAUCAAGAGAGGCUACCUGCUAAAACAAGGCCACAGAAGGAAAAACUGGAAAAUUCGACUUUUUGUGCUGCGCUCAGAACCCUCUUUCCUCCAUUACUAUGACCCAACCAAGGAUGACAUCAGUCCCGUGGGAGGCUUCCCCCUCCGAGGCUCACUGGUAUCCUCGCUGGAUGAUAACGGCGUUCCCUCUGGUGUAAAGGGCAACAUCCAAGGCAACCUGUUCAAAAUCAUCACCCAAUCGGACACACAUUACUUCAUCCAGGCUCCCAGCAACCGGGAGAAGAUGGAAUGGAUUGAUGCCAUCCGUGAGCACACGUAGCGGCACCGUGACCCAAAAACUGGGUGCAGCAAUAUACCCUCAUGUCAAAAGUUGUUGAUCAUGACAGUAAAAGCCUUUUUUAGUUAUUUUCUUGUACACAAGGCGUUUUCCGUGUAUCCUAUGCAUGUUGAUUUUUGAAAGAUUAACUUCCAGUCAUUUUUGGACUACAAGACACUACUUAUUUCUCUCUAUUUGACCCAUGCGGCUUUUAGACAAAGCGGCUUAUUUAUGAUUUUUCUUUUUUUUUAAGACAAACAAGCUUAAUGAUUUCUUGCUGAAAAUAAAAAAAUCCCAGGAUAAGGGGAAAAAAAGUGAUAGUUUUGCAAGACUAAUUUGCAAAAAUAUUUUCCAAGGAUGUAAAUCUGUCACUGAGAAUGAUGUUAAACUCUGAUAACAAAGUCAGAAAAAGUUGUUUUACCAGAAUUAAGUCAGAAAAUGCCUAAUACAUAAAUAUUACAAAUUUUCUAGUGAUGGUCAUAGUAUGAUUAAAAAAGGAAAAAAAGCUGCAUACCCCAGAAUUAAGUCAGAAAAUGCCUAAUACAUAAAUAUUACAAAUUUUCUAGUGAUGGUCAUAGUAUGAUUAAAAAAAAAAAAGAUGCAUAGACACGUAGCCACGUUUACUUUAUAAAAAGCCCACGAGUGUAUUUCAUGUGUAAGUAUGUAAUUGGCCAACUUUGUGUUUGUUAGAGAGCAAAGAAAUGCCACGAGUCAGGGCAAGACGCUUGCCACUCCCACUUGACAAGCCCUGUCGGGCCUUGCCGCCACGCUGAUUCACCGCCAUAAAUCGGGCACUUGUAAAAUGAUGUCAGAAGAGCAAAUAACAAUCAAGGCGAUUUUAUUCCAAGGAAGUAAAGUCACACAGAGGGAAAUAAAAGUGCUUUCUUUAGAUGAAAAGCAUUAAGGCGUGACCUUUUUAAGGCGACACGAAUGCAGUGAGUUUCAAAGUACAAUUAUUACAAUGAAGAAAAGUCCAGUGACGGCAAUUCUCUGUGUUUCCUAUUGAUGAUGUAUUGAAAUAUUCUGAGGAGAAAAAAACAACACAUUUUUGAGAAUCAUAUAAUAUCAGCAAAUAAAGUGUUGAUUUUGUAAAAGUAUGUUUAAAUGAAGUCGAAACAGACUUGAAAAAAAAAAGAAUAGGCUAUAUGACCAAAAACAAAAGUCCAUUAUUACAACAAUGAAAUAGAAAUAUGAAAAUAAAGUAUUAGAAUUUGAAAAAAAUAUAUGAUUGAAUAACUAAGAGAAUACAAUUGGCAAUAUAGCAAGACAGAAUUAAGUCAAAAUAUGAGAUUAAAAUUGAAGCUAUAAUCAGAGGUGGGUUGAGUAGCCAAAAAAUGUUCUCAAGUAAGAGUAGCAUUACUUCAUAAUAAUAUUACUCAAAUAAAAGUAGUCAUCCAAAAAAUGUAUUCAAGUAAAAGUAAAGAAGUAACCAGUGAAAAGAAUGCUCAAGUAAUGAAUAACCUUGUGAGUAACUGCUUAUUUUUGUUUCUUUUAAACAAUGGUAUUUUUUUUCUUUCAGCACAAACUUAACUAUAUGAAUUGUUGUUAUAAUUAUACUGUACAAUUACCCAUUGCAUAACUACAUUAAGCCAAAGAAAGACAGAAAAAAACCAUUGAAUUACAGCGAGGAAAAAAAAACAAAAAGACAGAAAUGAAGCAUUAUUUGUCCAAAGAGCUUGAGUGCCCUCUAGUUUUCACGUGGUCAGUCGGUGCCAAAUAAAAACCCAGAGAGAGGUUUAAAUCCGCGCUUUCGAGACAUGUUGAAGGCAGCGCUCUAUGUCAAAUACUUCCUUUUUUACGGUGCUUUUAAAGACGCCACGUGAUUGAACAGGCUGGCAUGUUAAUAGAACGGCAAGCUUGCAUCUGAUUGGUGUAAUGGAUUCAUGUGAUUAU